GUCCUUGUCAUCCACAGAAUCAAAAUUCCUAUUCCAACAUGGAUUUUUUUUCCUAGACAAUUCAAUUCCCGGCAAAAUAAAAUCUCAACAAACCCUAACCCUAAUCAAUUCCCUCCAAUCAAAUUACUUACAAUUUCCCCUUUCCGAUCACCGGAAGCACAAUGGACGUUUCACUCAUGGCGGAUCCAAUAACACUGACUACGCAACAGCAACAGAAUAUAUUUCUUCAUCGGAAAAAUUUGAUCUCCAAUUUCAACAUCGCUCUCUCCGCUAGAGGUAUUUUCGACGCAAUCGCUCCUCCACCUGUCAAAUCCAAGCGUAAAACAAUCCGCCGGACACUCCUCCGCAAGAAGCGGAAGACAAGGCGGAGAUCGUACAGCGGCGGUGAGUCGGAGGACGGCGGAGAGGAUUUGGAAUUUUUCGGCGGCGAUGGGGAUGGCGAUGGUCCUUUUGGCGGUGGAAGUGGUGGAAAUUGGAGUGGCGGGGGUAGAGGAUGGAAUUUUGAUAGAUUCGGAGGGCAAAACUGGGAUGAAUCUUCCUCUUGGUCGUCGUCUUCAAAAUUUGCUUAUGGAUUUGUUUAUGAGGUAAUUUAUUGGAUCGCGUUAUCGAACUGUUUGCAUUUUGCGUUUGAAAAGGUUUCGAGGUUUAUGGCUGAUGGUGAAAGAGAGAAGGUUCCGAUGAGAUUGACCUCUGUUUGUUAACUUAGGUACAUAGUUAUUGUAUCUAAUGUUGAUAUCAUUACGUACUAAAUUAUCGUUUAAUGUUUACUUUCAUAGAUUAAUGUACAUAAAUUGUAUAUAAUUAUAUAAUUAUUCCACAUUGUUUCCCUGAA